CUGACAGCCCAAUGCAAAGCCUGCCUUUGAUUUAAUUAGGCCAGAGCCGCGUCUGGCACUGACGGAACCACACUUCCGAGGCAGCGCCCUACCUGUGCCUGUCCUCUUCUGGGCUUGGGACGCCCUCCCCAUCUGCUGCUAUAUUUAUCUGCCUACUUGGCCAUAAAAGGCUGGCUGUGAGGCCUGACAUUCUGCUGCCUGACCACAUGCCUUAUUUUUGAACUGGCCCCCAGGUUCCUGUCUCCAGUGCGGCCCCUUAGCUCUCCCUUGGAUUCAGCCUAGCUGGGGUUUUCGUUGUCUUAUCCGGCUCCUCACAGCAUCGGAACAGUUCCACCACCCUUGGUCCUUUGGAAGCUGGUUGCCUGCAUCCCUGAGGGGCGCAAGAUGGCUUUGCCUUUUUACCAGAAGUCCCACCAGCACUAUGACCUCAGCUACCGCGACAAGGACCUUCGCACCGCCAUGAGCCACUACCAGCAGGAGAAGCAGCGCUCGGCCAUCUACACACAUGGCUCCGCAGCCUACAGCAGCCGCUCCUCCGCCGCCCACCGCCAAGAGUCCCAGGCCUUCAGCCAGGUAGCGGCCUCCUCCCAGCAGCAGGCCUCGCACUACUCCCUCGGCGCUGAAGUCAGACGCAAGGCCACCUCAGCCUAUGACUAUGGCUACUCCCACGGACUUACAGACUCCAGUCUGCUGUUAGAAGAUUAUUCUUCCAACUUGAGCCCCAAAACGAAGCGAGCAAAGCACAGUCUUCUAUCUGGAGAGGAGAAGGAAAAUCUGCCAAGUGCCUACAUGGUGCCCAUUUACUCCGGGAGGCAAAUGCAUGUCAGUGGAAUUACAGAUACAGAAGAAGAGAGAAUUAAAGAAGCGGCUGCUUACAUAGCUCAGAGAAAUCUCCUUGCCAGUGAGGAAGGGAUCAGGGCGUCCAAGCAGCUCACAGCAUCCAAGAGGUCCGCGCACUCCACACAGGCCACGUCCACGCUGGAAAGGGAGGAAAGCCUGGAAAAGAAGUCGAGGGAAGCCACCAUCCGAGAAAAGGCAGACCUCCUGUCGCUGAGAAAAACAUUAGAAGAGACCCAGGCCUAUCACGGCAAGCUAAAUGAGGACCAUCUUCUCCAUGCUCCGGAGUUCAUCAUCAAACCUCGCUCUCACACGGUGUGGGAGAAGGAGAGCGUGAAACUGCACUGCUCCGUGGCGGGCUGGCCAGAGCCCCGGCUCACGUGGUACAAAAACCAAGUACCAAUAAACGUCCAUGCCAACCCUGGGAAGUAUAUUAUUGAGAGUCGAUAUGGAAUUCAUACUCUGGAAAUCACCGAGUGUGACUUUGAAGACACAGCUCAGUACCGGGCCUCGGCGAUGAAUGUCAAAGGAGAGCUUUCCGCCUACGCGUCCGUUGUGGUGAAGAGGUACAAGGGAGAACUUGACGAGAUGCGCUUCCGCGCCGGGGCUGCCACCUCGCCCCUCAGCUUUGCCGUGACCCCUUACGGUUAUGCGUCCAAGUUUGAGAUCCACUUUGAUGACAAGUUCGAUGUGUCCUUUGGGAGAGAGGGAGAGACGAUGAGUCUGGGCUGCCGCGUGGUCAUCACUCCUGAAAUCAAGCAUUUCCAGCCCGAAGUGCGGUGGUACCGGAACGGGGCACCUGUCUCUCCCUCGAAGUGGGUGCAGACGCACUGGAGUGGCGAUCGGGCGACCCUGACGUUUUCUCAUCUCAACAAAGAAGAUGAAGGCCUCUACACGAUCCACGUACGGAUGGGCGAGUAUUACGAACAGUACAGCGCUUAUGUCUUUGUCCGAGAUGCUGACACGGAGAUUGAAGGAGCCCCUGCUGCGCCCUUGGAUGUGGUGAGCUUGGAAGCCAACAAAGACUACAUCAUCGUCUCCUGGAAGCAGCCGGCAGUGGAUGGAGGGAGCCCCAUCCUGGGCUACUUCAUUGAUAAGUGUGAGGUGGGCACAGACAGCUGGUCUCAGUGCAAUGACACGCCCGUGAAGUUCGCUCGCUUUCCAGUCGCUGGGUUAAUAGAAGGCCGCUCCUACAUCUUCAGGGUCCGGGCUGUGAAUAAGAAUGGGAUAGGCCUCCCCUCGCGAGUCUCCGAGCCUGUAGCCGCCCUGGAUCCAGCUGAGAAAGCCAGACUUAAAAGUCGCCCAUCAGCACCCUGGACUGGACAAAUCAUUGUCACAGAAGAGGAGCCCUCGGCGGGCAUUGUUCCUGGGCCCCCCACAGACCUCUCUGUCACUGAGGCCACCCGGAGCUAUGUGGUGCUGAGCUGGAAGCCCCCUGGCCAGCGUGGCCACGAAGGCAUUAUGUACUUCGUGGAGAAGUGUGACGCGGGGACAGAGAACUGGCAGCGGGUGAACACGGAGCUUCCGGUGAAGUCUCCCCGCUUUGCCCUGUUCGACCUGGCCGAGGGCAAGUCCUACCACUUCCGUGUGCGCUGCUCCAACUCGGCAGGAAUCGGUGAGCCCUCAGAGGCCACCGAGGUGACUGUGGUGGGGGACAAGCUUGACAUCCCGAAGGCUCCUGGCAACGUCAUCCCAAGCAGGAAUACAGACACCUCGGUGGUGGUUUCAUGGGAGGAGUCCAAAGAUGCCAAGGAGCUGGUGGGGUACUACAUCGAGGCCAGCGUGGUGGGCUCCGGCACGUGGGAGCCCUGCAACAACAACCCUGUGAAGGGCACAAGGUUUACUUGCCAUGGGUUGGUGACCGGUCAGAGUUACGUUUUCCGGGUCAGAGCAGUUAAUGCAGCUGGACUUAGUGACUAUUCACAGGACUCAGAAGCCAUCGAAGUCAAAGCCGCCAUUGGAGGCGCAGCGUCUCCAGAUGUGUGGCCCGACCUGCCCGCUGCUCCCGGUGGACUAAUGGCCCCCAGGGGGGCUGUGCAUGGAGCCUUCCCGAAAAGCUGUCCGAAAGAUGCUUUGCCUGAUAGCAAACUUAACAAACCUGCACCACCCAGCGUGUCUCACAAGCUGGGACAUACAGAAGCAAGUAAAGUAAGUGAAACAGUUCAGGAGGAGCUCACCCCAGCACCCCAGAAGGCGGCUCCCCCAGGGCAGAGUAAGUCUGAGCCCCUGCACAAGAAGAAGGACGCAGUAGCGGCGCCGUCUCCACCCUACGACAUCACGUGUCUUGAAAGCUUUCGUGACUCGAUGGUUCUCGGAUGGAAGCCACCCGAGAAGAGCGGAGGGGCGGAAAUCACGGGCUAUUACGUGAACUACCGGGAGGUGACCGGCGGGAAGCCGGGGCCCUGGAGGGAAGCCAACGUCAAGGCGGUCAGCGAGGAGGCGUACAAGAUCAGCAACUUGAGGGAAAACGUGGUGUACCAGUUCCAAGUGGCGGCCAUGAACCUCGCCGGCCUGGGAGAACCAUCAGCCGUGAGCAAGUGCUUCACGUGUGAGGAGUGGACCAUCGCCGUGCCCGGGCCACCACACAGCCUCAGGUACAGCGAGGUCCGGAAGAGCUCCCUGGUUCUGCAGUGGAAGCCUCCAGUCCAUUGUGGGCGGACUCCGGUCACCGGCUACUUUGUGGACCUGAAGGAGGCCAGUGCCAAAGAUGACCGGUGGCGAGGACUCAAUGAGGCUGCCAUUAAACACACGUACCUGAAGGUGCAAGGCCUCCAGGAGGGCGUCAGCUAUGUGUUCCGGGUCCGAGCCAUCAACCAGGCGGGUGUUGGGAAGCCGUCUGACCUCGCUGGCCCUGUUGUGGCAGAAACCCGUCCAGGAACCAAGGAAAUUGUUGUAGAUGUGGAUGACGAUGGGGUCAUCUCAUUGAACUUUGAAUGUGAUCAGAUGACUCCAAAUUCAGAAUUCACCUGGUCCAAAGACUACGUGCGCACUGAGGACUCCUCCCGGUUAGAAGUUGAAAGCAAAGGCAACAAGACAAAGAUGACCUUCAAAGACCUUGGGAUGGAUGACUUGGGCAUCUACUCUUGCGAUGUAACAGACACCGAUGGAAUAGCAUCAAGCUACCUAAUAGAUGAGGAUGAAAUGAAACGUUUACUUGCGCUCAGCCAGGAACACAAGUUCCCAACUGUCCCAACUAAAUCAGAGUUGGCAGUGGAAAUUUUGGAGAAAGGUCAGGUCCGGUUUUGGAUGCAGGCUGAGAAGCUGUCUGGCAACGCCAAGGUCAACUACAUAUUUAAUGAGAAGGAAAUCUUUGAAGGACCGAAAUAUAAGAUGCACAUCGAUCGCAACACUGGCAUAAUUGAGAUGUUCAUGGAGAAGCUGCAGGACGAGGACGAGGGGACGUAUACUUUCCAGAUCCAGGAUGGAAAGGCAACGGGCCACUCCACGCUGGUGCUCAUUGGAGACGUUUAUAAAAAGCUCCAGAAAGAAGCCGAAUUCCAGCGGCAAGAAUGGAUCAGGAAACAAGGCCCGCACUUUGCUGAGUAUUUGAGCUGGGAAGUGACUGGUGAAUGUAAUGUACUGUUGAAAUGCAAGGUGGCAAAUAUUAAGAAGGAGACUAAUAUUGUGUGGUACAAAGACGAGAGGGAGAUCUCAGUGGAUGAAAAGCAUGACUUCAAGGACGGCAUCUGUACCCUGCUUAUCACAGAGUUUUCCAAGAAAGAUGCUGGGUUUUAUGAAGUCAUCCUGAAAGACGACCGCGGAAAAGAUAAAAGCAGACUGAAGCUUGUGGAUGAAGCCUUCCAGGAUCUGAUGACUGAAGUAUGCAGGAGGAUCGCUUUGUCUGCCACAGACCUGAAAAUCCAAAGCACCGCCGAGGGCAUCCGGCUGUACUCUUUUGUCACAUACUACCUGGAUGAUCUGAAAGUGAACUGGUCCCACAAUGGGACUGCUAUUAAGUACACAGACAGAGUCAAGAGCGGGGUCACCGGGGAGCAGAUCUGGCUACAAAUCAACGAGCCCACUCCAAAUGAUAAAGGGAAGUAUGUCAUGGAGCUCUUUGAUGGCAAAACCGGACACCAGAAAAUGGUGGACCUUUCUGGACAAGCGUACGACGAGGCCUAUGCUGAAUUCCAGAGGUUAAAACAAGCCGCCAUCGCGGAGAAAAAUCGUGCCCGCGUGCUGGGCGGGCUCCCCGACGUGGUCACCAUCCAGGAGGGCAAGGCUCUCAAUCUCACCUGCACUGUGUGGGGCGACCCGGCACCCGAGGUUUCCUGGCUGAAGAAUGAGCGGCCGCUGGCCUCCGACGAGCACUGCAGCCAGCGCUUCGAGGGCGGAAAGACGGCCUACUUCAGCAUCGCGGGCGUGAGCACUGCCGACUCGGGCAAGUAUGGGCUGGUAGUCAAGAACAAGUACGGCACAGAGACCAGCGACUUCACGGUCAGCGUGUUCAUCCCUGAGGAGGAGGCCCGGGGCACCACGGCCGACCCCCAGAAAGGCGCCCCAAAGUCCAAGUGAGCAGCAGCCUGCAAGGGGCGGGAGUCAAGAAGAGCCAAGAUGACCUCCUGUGUGUGUGUGCCUGCAAGUGGGUGUGAGUGGGUGUGCGUGUGUGAACAGUGUGGGGCAAGGACAGGGAAGUACAGCCAGUGUGGUGGUGCACGCCUGCAAUUCCAGCACUCGGGAGGCCGAGGCAGGGGGAUGUCAGAGAGUUCUA